GACUCUGCCUGACCCAACCCAGCACACAUUGACUUCCACGUUAUGCAACAGCACGACGAGCACGUGAAGCCAGCACAACACCAGCGGUGCCAACAGGCUGAUUCCUUCCCGACUUAUCUAUUUAUUGUGCCCACUCUGCACCCAUCGAGAGCCUGAUCAAGGAAAUCUGGUGAGCAGCAUAAUAAAAUGGCUAAUCAGGUGAAUGGUAAUGCGGUACAGUUAAAAGAAGAGGAAGAACCAAUGGAUACUUCCAGUGUAACUCACACAGAACACUACAAGACACUGAUAGAGGCAGGCCUCCCACAGAAGGUGGCAGAGAGACUUGAUGAAAUAUUUCAGACAGGGUUGGUAGCUUAUGUCGAUCUUGAUGAAAGAGCAAUUGAUGCUCUUAGGGAAUUUAAUGAAGAAGGAGCCCUCUCUGUAUUACAGCAAUUUAAAGAAAGUGACCUGUCGCAUGUACAGAACAAAAGUGCAUUUUUAUGUGGAGUUAUGAAGACCUACAGGCAAAGAGAGAAACAAGGCAGCAAAGUACAGGAGUCAACGAAGGGACCAGAUGAAGCAAAGAUUAAGGCUUUGCUAGAGCGGACUGGUUACACUUUGGAUGUAACUACAGGACAGAGGAAAUAUGGGGGUCCUCCUCCAGAUACUGUGUAUUCUGGUGUUCAGCCUGGCAUUGGAACAGAGGUUUUUGUUGGUAAGAUUCCCCGAGACCUUUAUGAAGAUGAAUUGGUACCACUCUUUGAGAAAGCUGGUCCGAUUUGGGAUCUGCGUCUCAUGAUGGAUCCUCUUUCUGGUCAAAACAGAGGUUAUGCUUUCAUUACCUUUUGUAGUAAAGAUGCAGCACAAGAAGCAGUCAAACUGUGUGACAACUAUGAAAUCCGUCCUGGAAAGCACCUUGGAGUAUGCAUCUCCGUGGCAAAUAACAGGUUAUUUGUUGGGUCAAUUCCAAAGAACAAAACUAAGGAAAACAUAUUGGAAGAGUUUGGUAAAGUCACAGAGGGUUUGGUGGAUGUAAUUUUGUAUCAUCAACCUGAUGAUAAAAAGAAGAAUCGAGGAUUCUGCUUCUUGGAAUAUGAGGAUCACAAGUCAGCAGCACAAGCUCGCCGACGCCUGAUGAGUGGGAAAGUAAAAGUCUGGGGAAACGUUGUUACAGUGGAAUGGGCUGAUCCAGUAGAGGAACCUGACCCAGAAGUCAUGGCAAAGGUGAAAGUUUUAUUUGUAAGAAACUUGGCCACUACUGUGACAGAAGAAAUUCUUGAGAAAUCCUUUUCUGAAUUUGGAAAGCUGGAAAGAGUAAAGAAGUUAAAGGAUUAUGCAUUUGUUCAUUUUGAGGACAGAGGUGCAGCAGUGAAGGCUAUGAAUGAAAUGAAUGGGAAAGAGAUAGAAGGGGAAGAAAUUGAAAUAGUAUUAGCAAAGCCACCGGAUAAGAAAAGGAAAGAGCGCCAGGCUGCCAGACAGGCGUCCCGGAGCACUGCGUAUGAAGACUAUUAUUACUACCCUCCGCCUCGCAUGCCACCUCCUAUUAGAGGCCGAGGCCGUGGAGGAAGAGGUGGAUAUGGCUAUCCCCCAGAUUACUAUGGCUAUGAAGAUUAUUACGAUGAUUACUAUGGCUAUGACUAUCAUGACUACCGUGGUGGCUACGAAGAUCCCUAUUACGGCUAUGAUGAUGGCUAUGCUAUAAGAGGAAGAGGAGGAGGAGGAAGGGGUGGGAGAGGUGCCCCUCCACCACCUAGGGGGCGGGGAGCACCACCACCAAGAGGUAGAGCUGGCUACUCACAGAGGGGGGCACCCAUGGGACCGCCGAGAGGAGCCAGGGGGGGGAGAGGGGGCCCCGCGCAGCAGCAGAGAGGACGCGGUGCUCGUGGAGCCAGGGGCAACCGUGGGGGCAACGUAGGAGGCAAGAGAAAGGCAGAUGGGUACAACCAACCCGAUUCCAAGCGCCGCCAGACCAACAACCAGCAGAACUGGGGCUCCCAACCCAUCGCUCAGCAGCCGCUCCAGCAAGGUGGUGACUAUGCCGGUAACUAUGGUUACAAUAAUGACAACCAGGAAUUUUAUCAGGAUACUUAUGGGCAACAGUGGAAGUAGACAAGUGAGGAGGGAUUGAGAAUAUUGGAAACAUAGAAUUGGCUAUAGCUCGACAUCUUUCAAAAGAAAAAAAAAAAUAAAAAGAUUGGCUUAAUGUUUCAUCCUUCAGUAGCGAUUGGCUGCCAUUUGUAUUGGGCUGAAGAAUCACUCUAUUGUGUAUAUACUCGAGUCUCUUAGUUUUCUUUUUUUUUUUUUCAUAAACGCACUUGGACAUUACUGGGCUUGCAGAAUUCCUGAACUCCAUAUGGGGUUUCAGUGCUUUUAUCAUUUUAGGCUUCAUUUUAGCAGUUUAAAAGCAGGAAUGGCACACUGUUCAAUCAUGAUUUUGCAGAACCUCUGGUUUUGGACAGUUUCUUUUUUUUUUCUUUUUUUUUUUUGGAUUUGGGAUAGACUACAUAGGAGUAUGCUGUACAUAAAAGUAAAAGCUAGUGCUUUGUCUUAGUAGUUUUAAGAAAUUACAACAAAUUAAGUUUUCUUGUAUUGAAAAUAACAUGAUUGUAUGUUUUGCAUUCCUAGAAGUAGGAUAACUGUGUUUUUAAAUUGUUAUAACUUCACACCUUUUUGAAAAUCUGCCCUACAAAAUUUGUUUGGCUUAAAACGUCAAAGCCGUGGCAAUUUGUUCCUUGAUGUGAUUGUAUUUCCAAUUUCUUGUUCAUGUAAGAUUUCAAUAAAACUCAAAAAUCUAUUCAAAACA